ACGCUGCUGCUGAGACUGCAGCCUCAGCAAGCAAAGAUACACCACUAGGAAGGAAGCCCCGUUGGCAACGAGCACCAAACUUAAAGACACGGAACGUCUUGGGUCGUCGUACCGUCUUCGCUACGGGCUCUAUUUUACUCAGACGACACCACACUUGUUUGGGGGAAAUAAUGUGCUUCGCUGCACUUCUUGGUGUCUGCGUGCUGCCACUCCUUACGCUGGCCUUUGACCCGUCUGACUGGGAAGUGACCCAUGUGCCGGGACUAAGUGAACCGGUGAACUUCAAGCACUACUCUGGAUUCCUGAACGCUGCCGAUGGUCGACAGCUCCACUACUGGUUUAUGGAGAGUCAACGGUCACCCGCCGACGAUCCAUUGCUGCUGUGGCUGACUGGGGGUCCCGGUUGCAGUGCGCUCUCGGCUGUGGCCACAGAGUCUGGUCCAUUCCGCAUAGGACCUCUUGGCGUAAACGUGACCAUAAACCCAUACAGCUGGAAUAAGGUCGCAAACAUGAUAUUCCUGGAAUCACCGGCCGGCGUGGGUUUCUCUUACGAUCCCACCGAAGACUACGCCACCGACGACACCAAGGCAACCGAAGAUACCUACCUGGCACUGUUGGAUUUUUUCGAAAAAUACCCUCAGUUUAAGAAGAAUGAUUUCUACGCGAUAGGUGACAGCUAUGGGGGCAUUUUCGUCUCUCUUGUCAUGCAGCGAAUUCUGAGAAAUCCACAAGGGCUGAAUCUCAAGGGUUAUGCCAUCGGAAACGGAGCUGUGGAUUUCAAACUGCACUUCAAGGCCACCAUAUUUUAUGCUAAUUAUCACAGCCUUUUGGGGCACGACCUCUGGGACAAGAUUACUUCGAACUGCUGUAACAACAGCAUCUCCGAGGAAACGUGCGACUUCUCAAUGGAUCCCGCGAAGCUUGCCUGCACUGUUCCGGUUUCCAAAGCCUACAGCAUUGUUUUCAAAAGCGGCUUGAAUUUUCAAAACAUCUACGAUUCAUGCAACCUCACAGAAGAAAGCUUGCAAUUUUCUACACUCCGCCCGGAGGUCACGCGUCAUUAUACAACGAACCAUAUACUGGGCAAGACGAUCGCUCAACAAGCCACGAACCUCGAAGUCAAGGAUGAAAACUGCUCUGUUAAUGAAGACAUGCAGCUCUUUUACAAUCGACGGGAUGUCAUCGAAGCUCUACACGUCAAUCAAUCGCCGCUGGAAUGGGUUCCAUGCGCGAAGGGACUCAAUUACACCACUCAGCACUGGACCAUGCGGGAAGUGAUUAGAGAACUGAUCGACUCUGGCAACCUGAAGACCCUCAUCUACAACGGCGACAUCGAUUUGGUCUGUACAUCUCUUGGCGGCGAGUGGUUUGUUCGCAGCCUGGGCGUCCAGCCCACUUCGGACUACAAGAUGUGGCAUGCUGGUCCCGUAAUCGCUGGGUUCGUCCAGACCUUCGACAAGAACGUCACUUUCGUCACUGUGAAGGGCGCUGGUCACUUGGUUCCAAAAGACAAGACUAAAGAAUCUCUGCACAUGAUUUCCGCCUUUCUUUCAGAUGCCCCACUUGAAUGAGAAAUAAAUACUCAUGGGAAGCCAAAAGUAUA